UGCCAGCUUGCUCCUUCAGUUCCAGGCGAGUUUCCGAGGAGAGAAACCCUCUCCGCUCCGACGGUACGCGGUUUGAGGCGGACAGGACUCCUCAGAGCCACACACACACCCCUCAGCGCUCACCUGUGACCUCUGGCACACCUUCAGGAUCUGGGUGGGGUGUUCGCGGCGGAUCUUCAGCCGGGACGGGCUGCCAUGGCUCGGCCGAGGAAGAAAAGCUGCGCUCGGUGCUGAGAUGAAGGUGCGCAGGGGGAGACUGCAGUAAUCACAGGCACGGAGCGAGGAAGAGGAGGAGUAUUCGGGACUUUUAUUCAGGAGGAGGAGAAGAGGAGGAGAAUGAAGAUGGGAGGAAGAGUGGAGCUGCUGGAGAUCAGCUGCCUCCUCUUCCUCCUGCUGCUCAGUGGAAACGGCCACUGCAAAGACUCUCAACAGACCGAGCACCUGUCCUCCUAUCAGCUGACUGUCCCUCGACCAAUCGGAGGCAGACUGAGGAGGGACGUGAACGGAAGACUGCCAAAUCAGGUCUCCUACAUUAUCACCGUGGAUGGAAACGAUCACGUCGUCCAUCUGGAGAGAAACGAGCUGCUGCUGCCUGCAGACUUCACCGUGUUCUCCUACAGUCCCAAUGGGUCCCUGAUCACGUCCAGACCACCUGUUCAGGACCACUGUCACUAUCGGGGCUUCAUUCAGGACAUGGAGGGCUCAUCUGUCGCCAUGAGCAUCUGCAACGGCCUCAGAGGAGUGAUGCAUCUCAGUGCUGACAGUUAUGGGAUCGAGCCAGUAGACUCCGCCCCCGACCAGCACCUGUUGUACCGCCUGCAGGAUGUGACGUCACAGCCCAGAGGGUGCGAAACACCGCAUGAUGAGCACAGCCACAACUCUACAGAGCACGCUCGGUCCAGUUCAGAGGAAAUCCCCCACGGACAGCACAGACGGAUGAAGAGAGCCGUCCUCCAUAAAACCCACUACGUGGAGCUGCUGCUGGUGGUCGACAACGUCAGGUAUAUUUUUAUGAACAGGAAUGCAACCGCAGUGAGGGAGGAGAUGGUUCUUCUGGCCAACCUCGUGGACAGUAUCUACAUGCAGCUGAACAUUAGGGUGGUUCUGGUCGGUCUGGAGAUCUGGACUCAGCAGAACCUGAUUAACGUUGAUGGAGCGGCCGGAGAAGUGCUGAGUCUCUUCACACAGUGGAGGGAGAAAGAGCUGGUUCCCCGCCGCCGCCAUGAUUCAGCACAGCUUAUCCUGAAGAAGAAUUUUGGACAAACAGCUGGGAUGGCCUUUGUCUCCACCGUCUGUUCCAGGAGUCACGGAGGUGGGAUCAACGCGUUUGUGAACAACCAUGUUGUCUCGUUCGCCUCCAUCGUGGCUCACGAACUCGGCCACAACCUCGGCAUGAACCACGAUGAUGGACGCCACUGCACAUGCCCCACCGAUGCCUGCAUCAUGAACUCCGGAGCCACAGGGUCGAAGAGCUUCAGCAGCUGCAGCGCUGAUGACUUUGAGAAGAUGAUCCUGCUGACGGGGGGGACGUGUCUGCUGAACGUCCCGCGGCCUGACGAGGCCUACAGCGCCCCCUACUGUGGAAACAGGCUGGUGGACUUUGGGGAGGAGUGCGACUGUGGAUCAGCGAAGGAGUGUGAGGAGGACCCCUGCUGUGAGUAUCAGACCUGUAAGCUGAAGUCUGGAGCUCAGUGUGCGUACGGAGAAUGCUGCUCCAACUGCCAGUUCCUGCCGGGAGGAACGGUGUGCCGCUCCACCACAGACGAGUGUGACCUGCCUGAGUACUGUAACGGCUCCUCGUCCUUCUGUCAGAGUGAUGUCUUCAUCCAGAACGGGCAGGCGUGCAGGAACCAGGAAGCCUACUGUUACAACGGAAAGUGUCAGCACUAUGACAGCCAGUGUCGGGCCAUCUUUGGAGCCAAGGCGAAGGCAGCUCCUGAGCUCUGCUUCAAAGACGUCAACAGCAAAGGUGAUCGCUUUGGCAACUGUGGCUACCUCAACAAUGGCUACAAGAAGUGCGAGAGCAGAAACGCCAUGUGUGGGAAGCUGCAGUGCUCCAACGUUCAGGCAAAGACGGUUUUCGGCAUUGAGCCGUCAAUCAUCACCACGCCGAUCGCCGGAGGAAAAUGCUACGGAGUGGACUUCAUGCUGGGGUCAGACGUCCCCGACCCGGGCAUGGUGAACGAAGGGACUAAGUGUGGAGAGAAUAAGGUGUGCAUGAACUUUGAGUGCCGCACUGCCGACGUCCUGAAAUAUGACUGUGACGUGCAAACAAAAUGUCAUGGACACGGGGUGUGUAACAGCAACAAGAACUGCCACUGCGAAUAUGGCUGGGCGCCACCCUUUUGUGAGUUAAAGGGUUACGGAGGCAGCCUGGACAGUGGACCCACGUGGAACGAUAAGGACACUUCGCUCAGGGACGGCCUGCUCGUCUUCUUCUUCUUCGUCCUCCCACUGCUCGCUCUGGGCAUCUUCGUUUUCCUGCACAGGAACGAGCUGCUGCAGCGACUUGGGUUGAAUCGCAGGAAGAGGUCUCAGGGAUACGAGACUGACGGCACAGCUUCAGCCAAUCCCAGCAGAAGACCACCUCCCAGAGCUCAGCCUCCGUCUGUUGCCCGGGGUAACACCAACAACAUCGUCAGAGAUGGGCACCACGCUCAGCUGCUGCCACCACAGGAGGUGGUGGAAACCAGCAGGACAGCUUCUUCCCACGCUCUGAGGCCUCCUCCUCCUCCGCUAAAACCGAAACCUUCUGCUGCGUCACAGCCUCUGGUGCCUCAAAGACCUGCGCCCACGCCACCUGUUUAACCAAUUGGGGGCCUUCUAACUACACCUGGAUGAUGCUCCUCCCUCUCCUCCUCUUCAAACCCUUCCCAGCAACCUCAGAACUAGUUCCAUAGCAACAGCCAGAAGUGAUUCUGCAGUCACAGCGGCUGCCAGCCAUCCGGACUACCACGUGGACCGUCCUCGCAGUGAAGUGGACCCAGUUGUACUGGACUGGGAACUCUGCAGAACGUAUGGGAACCCAGGAGGACCGAACUGCAGUCACUGCUGUUCUUUGCAGUAUUUCUUUCUUUUCUUUGUCAGGUCACACAUCAUCUGCUCUGUAACCACAUCAGCCAGUCAGAGUUCCCAUAAAAGCCCGCUGUCUUCUGAUUGGUUGAGGAGACCUGUUAAAAAUACUUUUCAGUUUUUUGACCUUUAAAAUGUAGUAUUUACUCUGAUUGGUCGGUUUCUAGUCUCGGGGGUGGAGCCUGCACCUGUCUUUUUGUCUCUAAGUGAAAGCACUAAUAGCACCACCCCUCUGCUCAGCACUGUUUUUGGAAUGUAACACACCCUUCUGUGGCUUCGUGCGGGUGCGUUUGGUUUGCACUACGUGGCUCGCCCUGCGUUCAGCUCCCUCUUGCUACAGAACUGUAAAAUCUCGAUAUGCAACAGCGUCUGAGCGUGUAGCUCCUCGGGUUUUAGUUCCUCUCCUCAGGCAUGUGCAGUAGGUCGGCGUCUCUGGGGGGAACGUGCGCUCGCUAAAGGAAGUCGCUUCAAUAAUUCUCAUAUCUGGGAUGUUCGGUAUGUCUUCGGGAGCUUCUGUCCAGAGAGAAUAAGUCUGAGCUUCCAAAAUAUUCUGGGAAAUGUAGGCAGUCACACUUAGUGCAGGCCCAUCCAAAGCAGAUGAAUCCAACAUGGAGGAUAUUCCUGAUCCUUAUUUAGAACUUAAAUGAUCAGAAAUCAGAGAAAAAAAUACUUCAAAACUAGACUGAAAAUCUGUCUUAUUGCUUCCUUCAGUGUCAGGAACACCGUGACAAUCACUACGUCUGCAGGAUCGUUUCAAACUGGAGCUGCUGGGAGAUACGUCAGCUGCUUUUAAAUUAAAAUACGAACACAUUUGGGCUCAAACAGAACAGCAGUACCUACCUGUUGCUGCUGAAGCGCCUUCCAAGAUAUUUAAUUUCUUUUUGCCUUUUUUUUUUUAGAAUAAUAACGUACUCAUUCCUCAUAGUUAUUAUAGGUAUGGUUAAAGUGGCCCCACUCCCUCUAAAAGCUCAGACUGAAUGGGGCUUUUUCUGUUGAUUUUUCAACUGAAAGCUUUUUCCAGAUCCAGAUUUUUCUUCCCAGAGGGGGAAAAAUCCAUGAGUAUUUUAAAUAUGAAAUGUGCCCGGCAGAGGCUGAACUUUAGCAUAAAUAUAAAUCCAAGAGUUAAAUUUGUGUUUAACCUGCCAAACAUCCCAGACUGAAGGUGUGCGACAGUGUUUUUGGUGUCUGAAGGUGGAAGAAAAUCCUUUAAACUCUGCGCACUUAUGUCCCGAGAGCGUCUAUGCUUCCUGUCCUGAACGAGCAGCGAUCGCGCUGAACUUCUCACACGUUCAGUACGCUUCAAACCAGGGAUUUUUACACCGCCGACCGAACCAAAUGUUUCUGUUUUGCAGCUGAUGAACCUGGAUGCACUGUGCUGUGUACACCACUUUGGUAUUUUACCUGCUUUAGUGUCUUUUUUUAUUAUUUUGUUGUUUUUGCACAGAAACCGAGGUCUCCACUGAGGAUUACGGAUAGUCACUUAUAGGGCUAAUUUAGUGCCAUUCGACUGUUUUCAUGCCAUAGUCAGCACUGAAUUCCUGAGUGAGGAGUCUCACAGGUUAUUUAAAGAACCAAGUGCAGCUGAAGCUUCAGGUUACACUCAGCUGCUGACACUUCUGUGGAAGGGAAACCUAUUCUUGUCAUUUCCACCUCUGUAGUUUUACUCAUUUAUCCUCAUUUAUCUGAUGUAGUCCCCCGGCCAGCUGUCAGAAAGAUUCACAUCAGAGCUUAAAGUUAGCUGAUGGAACUCCUUUUACCGUCAUUUAUUUGAAACUUUGGCCACGUUAAAUAUGAACAUUAUAAUAUUGUAAAGUCGUGAAAGGCAAGCCUGGCCAGUCAGCCGCCUUAAGCCAACUUUAAGACUUUUAAGCUGUCCAACAGCAAAGCUGGUGGUUCAGUUCUGACGUUCAAAUGGAGAAAAAAAAAAGCUUUUUAAAGUUUUAUUCUGGGGCAAAGUCAGCAAAGAUGGGCUUCUAUGUCAAAGGACCUGCGAUGAACAAAAAGGUCCCUUUAGAGGCCAAACCAGCCUGGAGAUGAUCAUAAAAAUCUCCUCAUUGGGGUUGCAUUCAUGUUGAACCUGUGUGGUCAGAAUCAUUUUCUGUUAUUAUGAAUGAUUUUAUAUCUUUUUGCUUUUCACCUGUAAUCUGCGGCAGUACUGAACAUUUCACCUGAGCUUCAUGUCAUUAUUAAACAUUGCUUUGUGGUAUGGAAGCCACCAUGCUGACUGACAAUGAUUCUCAUGAUUCGAUGAUUCUGAUCUCUGACCUGUUGGAGCUGAUGGACAGAGGCGUGACGUCAGCCUCCCGUUUCCUCUUGGACACCUUCAGGUGAUCGCGGCAGGUGGAACUCGAGCUCGAGCUGCUUGUGUGAAAACGAAACCUGGAAGAAUAAACGUCCUUCAGCUGAACCCGAUAAUUUAAUGAACUUUAUUCAUACAGAUUGUGAUUGUGAUUGUGUUGGUUUGGAGACUUAAUAAAGGUGCACAGAAACGUU